AGAGCGGGAGGAAGGCGGGGCGCAGGGCGGGCUGCUGCAGGGGCGGGGCUUGCGGGCUGUCGGGCGGGGGGCGGGGAACCCUAGUCCCCGCCGGACCCCGCCUGCUCCGGCGCCCGCGGCGGCGGCGCGGCCAUGAAGCUGAAGCUGAAGAACGUGUUUCUCGUCUACUUCCUGGUGUCGAUCGCCGGCCUCCUCUACGCGCUGGUGCAGCUCGGCCAGCCAUGUGACUGCCUCCCUCCCCUGCGGGCAGCGGCAGAGCAGCUUCGGCAGAAGGACCUGAGGAUUUCCCAGCUGCAAGCUGAUCUCCGACGCCCACCCCCUGCCCCUGCCCAGCCCCCUGAACCCGAGGCCCUGCCUACUAUCUAUGUUGUUACUCCCACCUAUGCCAGGCUGGUACAGAAGGCAGAGCUGGUACGGCUGUCCCAGACGCUGAGCCUGGUGCCCCGGCUGCACUGGCUACUGGUGGAGGACUCUGAGGGUCCCACCCCGCUGGUCUCAGGGCUGCUGGCUGCCUCCGGCCUCCUUUUCACACACCUGGCCAUCCUCACCCCCAAGGCCCAGCGGCUUCGCGAGGGUGAGCCAGGCUGGGUUAGGCCUCGUGGUGUAGAGCAGCGGAACAAGGCCCUGGACUGGCUCCGGGGCAGAGGGGGUGCUGUGGGGGGGGAAAAGGACCCACCACCGCCGGGGACCCAAGGAGUCGUGUACUUUGCUGAUGACGACAACACCUAUAGCCGGGAGCUCUUUGAAGAGAUGCGAUGGACCCGUGGUGUCUCAGUGUGGCCUGUGGGGCUGGUGGGCGGCCUGCGAUUUGAGGGCCCUCGGGUGCAGGAUGGCCGGGUUGUGGGCUUCCACACAGCAUGGGAGCCCAACAGGCCCUUCCCCGUGGAUAUGGCUGGAUUUGCUGUAGCCCUGCCCUUGCUGCUGGCUAAACCCAAUGCCCAGUUUGAUGCAGCUGCUCCCCGGGGCCACCUGGAGAGCAGUCUCCUGAGCCACCUCGUGGAUCCCAAGGACCUGGAGCCACGGGCUUCCAACUGCACUCGAGUACUGGUGUGGCAUACACGGACAGAGAAGCCCAAGAUGAAGCAAGAGGAACAGCUACAGCGGCAGGGCAGGGGCUCAGACCCAGCCGUUGAGGUGUGAUGGCGGCCCCACCCUGACUACCACCUCAUUUCAGGCACAGACCUUGUGGGACUGGGCCCCAGGCCUGCCCAGGAUGUGGUUUUCAAAGUCCUGACCCUCAAAGCCAGAGGUGGCCCCUCUGUCCCUCCAGCCCCAGGGCAUGGCCCAGCUGGUUCUCCUGGGGGAGCCCAGCCUGCCGUGUAGCACUGCCCACAGGCUGGAGACAAGUGGCCCUUGUCUUGAGCCCGGUCAGCCCUGCCUGGGGUGGAAGAGGACAGAUGGACUCAGGAGGGAGGGAAGCUGAGGAACUGGGUAACUUAUUGGGGCUGGGCAUGCGCUGGGGGGCUGGAAGAGCUGGGCUGGACCCUCCCCACCUGAGCAUGCUGACACCCCCCACCCCCCCACGCUUCUACCUCCAGAAUAAAGAAUCCCAACCUGGA